AUGUUAAACACUUUACUAAUUUACCUAGUUAACCCCCUCGCAUAUAUCGUCCCAGUCCUCCUAGCAGUAGCAUUCCUCACAUUAAUUGAGCGAAAAGUCCUAGGCUAUAUGCAACUCCGUAAAGGCCCAAAUAUUGUUGGACCCUAUGGCCUUCUUCAGCCCAUUGCAGAUGGAGUUAAACUAUUUAUUAAAGAGCCAAUCCGCCCAUCUACAUCAUCCCCAUUUCUAUUUCUAGCUACCCCCAUACUUGCCCUAACACUAGCCAUAACCCUAUGAGCCCCCAUUCCUAUACCACACCCAGUAACAGACUUAAAUCUAGGAGUACUAUUUAUUCUCGCCUUGUCAAGCCUUGCCGUGUAUUCGAUUCUAGGAUCUGGUUGAGCCUCAAAUUCAAAAUAUGCCCUAAUUGGUGCCCUACGAGCCGUGGCUCAAACAAUCUCGUAUGAAGUGAGCCUAGGACUUAUUCUUCUAGCAGUAAUUAUUUUUUCCGGCGGUUAUACACUCCAAAUAUUUAAUACAACACAAGAGGGUAUUUGACUUCUAAUUCCGGCCUGACCCCUAGCUGCAAUGUGGUAUAUUUCAACGCUGGCAGAAACAAACCGUGCACCUUUUGAUCUAACUGAAGGUGAGUCUGAGUUAGUCUCCGGAUUUAACGUAGAAUAUGCAGGUGGACCCUUUGCCCUUUUUUUCCUAGCUGAAUAUGCCAAUAUUUUAUUAAUGAAUACCCUAUCUGCAGUUCUUUUCCUGGGCGCCUCACAUAUUCCAACCUUGCCUGAACUAACAACAUUUAAUUUAAUGACUAAAGCCGCACUUCUUUCCCUAGUCUUCUUAUGAAUUCGUGCCUCCUAUCCUCGAUUCCGCUAUGACCAACUUAUGCAUCUAGUGUGAAAAAAUUUUCUACCACUAACCCUAGCCCUAGUUCUUUGACACACAGCCCUCCCCAUUGCAUUUGCAGGACUCCCCCCCCAACUAUAACAACAGGAACCGUGCCUGAACGUCUAAGGACCACUUUGAUAGAGUGGCUUAUGAGGGUUAAAGCCCCUCCAGUUCCUAGAAAGAAGGGAAUCGAACCCAUACUCAGGAGAUCAAAACUCCUGGUGCUUCCUCUACACCACUUUCUAUGAUAAGGUCAGCUAAUUAAGCUUUCGGGCCCAUACCCCGAACAUGACGGUUAAAAUCCCUCCCCUAUCAAUGAACCCUUAUGUAUUAGUUAUUUUAUUGUCCAGCCUGGGAUUAGGAACCACACUAACCUUCGCAAGCUCCCACUGACUACUAGCCUGAAUAGGAUUAGAAAUUAAUACCUUAGCUAUUAUCCCUCUCAUAGCGCAGCAACAUCACCCACGAGCAGUUGAGGCUACAACUAAGUACUUUCUUACCCAAGCAACAGCCGCAGCAAUAAUUCUAUUUGCAGCUACAACAAACGCAUGAUUAGUGGGAGAAUGAGACAUUAAUAGCCUAUUCCACCCACUAGCAUCAACACUAGUUAUUGCAGCAUUAGCCCUAAAAAUUGGCCUGGCCCCCGUACACUUUUGACUUCCAGAAGUCCUUCAAGGACUAGACCUACUAACAGGACUAAUUUUAUCCACGUGACAAAAACUAGCCCCGUUUGCACUAAUUAUUCAAGUUGCCCCAACGAUUGACCCCUACCUCCUCUCAUCCUUGGGCCUCCUAUCAACCCUUGUGGGGGGGUGGGGUGGCCUAAACCAGACCCAAUUACGAAAAAUCCUUGCAUAUUCUUCUAUUGCUCAUAUGGGUUGAAUAUUAAUUGUUCUACAAUUUGCCCCCCAAUUAACCCUCCUAGCCCUAGGAACCUACAUUUUUAUAACAACCACAGCAUUCCUCUCAUUCAAAGUGUCACAAGCCACAAAAAUUAACACACUCUCAGUAACAUGAACAAAAAACCCAACCCUCAUGGUAAUUACAACCCUAGCAAUACUCUCCCUAGGAGGACUCCCCCCACUAACUGGGUUUAUACCCAAAUGGCUUAUUCUUCAAGAAUUAACAAAACAAGAACUUCCCCUCACAGCAACAAUUAUGGCCCUAGCAGCCCUAUUAAGCCUAUAUUUUUAUCUACGACUAUGUUAUGCAAUAGCCCUAACAAUUUCACCCACCACAACCAACUCAACCUUACCAUGACGAACCCCCAAUACCCAAUCAACUCUUACUCUAGCCCUAACCUCAUCAAUUGCCUUAGGACUCCUCCCAAUUACCCCAGCCAUCCUGGCACUGGUUACCUAAAGGCUUAGGAUAAUUAAGACCAAGGGCCUUCAAAGCCCUAAGUAGGAGUUAAAAUCUCCUAGCCUUUGGCUAAGACUUGCGGGACUUUAUCCCACAUCUUCUGAAUGCAAGCCAGACACUUUAAUUAAGCUAAAGCCUUCCUAGAUGAGAAGGCCUCGAUCCUACAAACUCUUAGUUAACAGCUAAGCGCCCAAACCAGCGGGCAUUCAUCUACUUUCCCGCCGUUGGGUGAGUAAGGCGGGAAAGCCCCGGCAGACGUCAAUCUGCGUCUUUGGAUUUGCAAUCCAAUAUGUUAUACACCACGGGGCUUGGUAGGAAGAGGACUUAAACCUCUAUCUACGGGGCUACAACCCGCCACCUGACUUCGGCCAUCCUACCUGUGGCAAUCACACGCUGAUUCUUCUCUACUAACCACAAAGAUAUUGGCACCCUCUACCUUGUAUUUGGUGCCUGAGCCGGAAUGGUCGGAACGGCUCUCAGCCUUUUGAUUCGUGCUGAGCUCAGCCAACCUGGAUCUCUCCUGGGGGAUGACCAAAUUUAUAAUGUUAUUGUUACCGCACAUGCCUUUGUCAUGAUUUUCUUUAUAGUAAUGCCAAUUCUCAUCGGUGGCUUUGGAAAUUGACUAAUUCCACUAAUGAUUGGGGCCCCAGAUAUAGCAUUUCCACGAAUAAACAAUAUAAGCUUUUGACUCCUGCCACCCUCAUUUCUACUAUUACUAGCCUCCUCUGGUGUUGAAGCCGGGGCUGGAACAGGAUGAACAGUUUACCCACCGCUGGCAGGUAAUCUCGCCCAUGCAGGUGCAUCCGUUGACCUUACCAUCUUUUCUCUUCACCUAGCAGGUGUAUCUUCAAUUCUGGGAGCAAUUAAUUUUAUUACCACAACAAUUAAUAUGAAACCCCCAGCCAUUUCACAAUAUCAAACACCCUUAUUUGUCUGAGCAGUCCUUGUAACCGCCGUUCUUCUCCUUUUGUCCCUGCCUGUCUUAGCUGCUGGGAUUACUAUGCUUUUAACAGACCGAAACCUAAAUACAACAUUCUUUGACCCGGCAGGAGGAGGAGACCCAAUCCUAUACCAGCACUUAUUCUGAUUCUUUGGCCACCCAGAAGUAUACAUUUUAAUUUUACCAGGAUUCGGGAUUAUCUCACAUGUUGUAGCCUACUACGCUGGUAAAAAAGAACCUUUCGGCUACAUGGGAAUAGUCUGAGCUAUGAUGGCCAUUGGCCUCUUAGGCUUCAUUGUCUGAGCCCACCAUAUGUUUACGGUCGGGAUAGAUGUUGACACCCGUGCAUACUUCACAUCUGCUACAAUAAUUAUUGCUAUUCCUACAGGUGUAAAAGUCUUUAGCUGACUGGCCACCCUUCACGGGGGCUCAAUUAAAUGAGAGACCCCAAUACUCUGAGCUCUAGGAUUUAUCUUCCUAUUCACAGUGGGUGGACUUACCGGGAUUGUUCUAGCUAACUCAUCCAUCGACAUUGUUCUCCACGACACAUAUUAUGUAGUUGCUCACUUCCACUAUGUACUCUCAAUGGGUGCAGUCUUUGCUAUUAUAGCCGGCUUUGUACACUGAUUCCCACUAUUUACAGGUUAUACUCUACAUAGCACAUGAACUAAAAUCCACUUUGGGGUUAUGUUUUUAGGUGUCAACCUCACCUUCUUCCCACAGCACUUCCUUGGCCUUGCAGGUAUGCCCCGACGGUACUCAGACUACCCAGAUGCCUAUACACUGUGAAACACAGUCUCAUCUAUUGGAUCUAUAAUUUCACUAGUAGCUGUAAUCAUGUUCCUAUUUAUCUUAUGAGAAGCCUUCGCCGCUAAACGGGAAGUCCUAUCCGUAGAACUAACCGCAACAAAUGCCGAGUGACUCCAUGGAUGCCCUCCCCCCUAUCACACAUUUGAGGAGCCAGCAUUUGUUCAAGUUCAAUCAAAUUAACCGAGGAAGGGAGGAGUUGAACCCCCUUGUGCUGGUUUCAAGCCAGCCGCAUAACCAUUCUGCCACUUCCUUAA